AUUUUUGUGAGUGGAUCAACACAUAGCUGCAGUUUUCCCUUCUCCCCUCAGUGUCCCACAAACCGAGAAGUGCCUGAAGAAAAGGAGGAGUGUGACUGCAGUCAGGGGAACCCUGGACCACCUGGGUCAAAGGUCAGUUAUUGCCUAGCUUUAGUUUUAGUACACACAAACACUAAUACAUUAUGAACACUACUCUGUGUAAACAGGAUAUGCAAUGCUUAAUAAUUCCUCUGCAGGGUGAAAAAGGAGAAAAUGGACUUCCUGGUCAUGAUGGUAAGCCUGGGAUCAAAGGUGAGCGAGGAAUGUCUGGACAGCCAGGUAAAUCAGGGCAAAAGGGUGAAGCUGGUUUACGUGGAACCAUAGGUGACUCAGGAGUAAAGGGCUCCAAAGGUGAGAGGGGACAGCAAGGGCUGCCUGGAAAACAAGGACCACCAGGUCCCAAGCAACCUCAGGGUGACAAAGGUGAACAAGGGCCCCCUGGUGAGCCUGGGCCAAAGGGGGAACCGGGCCUCCCUGGCAGUGAAGGACCAGCCGGAACAAUUGGACCUAAGGUCAGUCUGUUUUAAAAGGGGUUCAAAUUAAAAUGACAGAAUGGCAUGUGUUGAUAAAAGUGUGAACUUUGUCAGUGUGAUACAUGUGAAUGAUGAUCGCAGACAAGAU